UCCGAGAUUUCUUUAUGGUACGACCAUCAGGCGUCAGAAUUCAUAACACUCACCGGUCACCAGAAAUCAGUGUAUAUAUAGGAAAAGUAACCGUUAUCAACAGACAGAAAAAUUUGUAAACAACAGUUACACUCAGGUAUUCCCAAGAUGGGUCUGUUACUUCGAGGUACAGUUCUCUUUCUGAUCGGCAAUUUCUUUGCGGUCUUCAUGAACCUCCUACAGAUCAACAGGCAGGGUGACGUCUCGGUGAAACUACCCCCAGAACUGCUGGAGAACCUUUUUCUGAAAGAGUGGUGGGUGCCGCCCAUGUGUGGAGCCGCUGCAGCAAUGAUAGGCCUUCUAUACCCAUGUCUAGAUCGACAUUUACAGAUCAGUGACCCAGAGUCCAGGAAGGGGGAGUGGUCCAAAGUCAUGAGAUGUAUAGCUGUAUUUGUGGGCAUCAACCAUGCCAGUGCUAAACUGGACUUUGUGGACAAUAUGCAGCUCUCUAUGACCCUAGCUGCCAUGUCUAUAGGUCUGUGGUGGCUGUUUGACCGGUCCCCCUGUGGAUUCGGCCUGGGGGUGGGGAUCGCCGUCCUAGCAACUCUAGUCACACAACUUUUAGUCUUUUAUGGUGUAUACAAUUACUCUAAAGCUGAGUUCCUGUUUGUAAGAUCAUGGCUGCCUUGUAUCUUUUUUUCUGGUGGAGUGACCAUGGGAAAUAUAGGCAGGCAGCUGGCUCUGUAUGAUGAAAUUCAACCAAAGACAAAAACUGACUGAAGGACUAGAUAUUACAUUUACUCAUGUGGUUAUGGUUUACUCAAAGAAAUGGGCUUACCUCAUCAAGAAUUAUUUUACAUUUGUGAUGAACUGUGAUACAACCUAUUUAGAGUAUUAAACCUAAAAAAAAAAAGAAAGGGAAGAUAACUCCUUUCACAGUGUGCUUUCACAAAGGUCUCUUGGAAGCCAGCCAGACUUGUGAUUAUAGAGAUGAAUCCAAUGCUGCUACAAAGGAAUUGGGUUAUCCCCCUUGUGACUCAAGGGUUGAGUGAAGAACUGAAAAUGUUGUUGGAAGAGUCAAUAACAGAACUGUUGUAAAAGGCAUUCUGCUGAAAAUAUAUGUCAGAUGUGUGUGAAGAUUGUAUCUUUUACCAUCUUCUGUCCAAGUUGUUGACACAUGUAGUGACUAGAGUGAGCGUUGAUCUAAAGCAUAUCCCAGUUAGAAUGUAUGAGCUGAUGUGUGUUCUGUUGUAAGAGUUUAAAAGAAAAAAAUGGUGAAUUAUUUUAAUGGUGAAUUAUUUUAAUUGGGAAGGAAAUGAAAAAAAAAAAAUCUGCCUCAAAGAUGUAUAUGUCAAUAUUUCAGAGGCCAUGUUACAUGUAAAUUGAUGGACGUUGAAAAGAGAAGUACAUACAUGUUUUUAUUUGUUUUGAAUGGUUGCAUCAACAUUAUGUGUUUGAAAGUUGUAAAAAUCAUCAUGUUUCACUCAUUGACAAGAAGUAUUAAAAUACUUCUUUACUGUAUACAAAUGAUUAAUGUGAUGGAAUGAUCUGAAUAAUGCCAUUUUUUUUCUUGUUUUUAUGUUGCAUCAACAAUUUUAAGUUAGUGAUCACAUCAAAAUGUGUAGAGUUAUUUCAUGUUAGAGAUACGGGUUUUGUUUAAAAAUAAAAUGGCAAUAACUGUA